CACUGGAUACGGGGGAUGGAAAACUAGUUUGAAAUAUAAACUCUCAAACUACCGCACACACCUGAGAAAGCUGGGCUGCCCAGAGGUCACAGUUAACUCUUUAAAAAAACAAACCUGCAGGAAAUCGCAGUGCAGCCUUUGGUGUGAAAAAGGCCAAGAGAGCAGAGGUGAAUUUUUGUCCUGCAUACCCAUGGACAGAAACUGUGGAAAGUCUGGAGGCCAUGCAAAAAGCUCUUCUCUUGGAUGUUAAGAAGAAGAAUAACCGAGAGGUUGUGAAAGUCAAGAUGGAAAGGACAUUCGCUCACAGAAGACACGAAGUUGUUCGAGAUGCACCAAUGGUGGGAGAUUUCAUGGAAAGGUGGCCUGCUCUGUUUGAAGUCAAUGAGGUCAAUGCAGAAUUCAGGCGAAUUACUACUGUCCCACUUCAGUCAAAAUUUCUGUCCCAGCUUGACAUGUAUUCCGAGAAGCUGAUGAGGCUCUUCCAAAAGAGAGGUGGCAAGCUAGGUGUUCAGCUCAAAACGGUUGUUGAACAAAUGGCUAAGUGUGAUGAUGUAGAUGCUGGACGAGAGUGCAUCAUUAAAGGGGUCUGUAUCUAUAUGGGUGAAGAUCCUGAAAGCCUUGUGCGAGAAUAUGUGUGCAUGGAUGGAGGAGCCAUGGACGAGGCCAUUGAGGACACUACUAUUGGUAUUUAUGUUAUAAAAGAACAUGUUUCAAAUGAGGAAACGGAUGAUAUUGGCAUUAUCCUUGAGGGGAUCAAGGUUUUGAAGGAUCUUGAUAAUGUAGCAUUAGCUGUCGCUAUGCUGUUUGGGCUGAUAUAUGCCCUGAACCUAAGCUACCCUGCUGAGCUCCGCUACACCUUUGAGGUAAUCCAGAACAUUUUCAUGGAACUGGAUGGAAACACACUUUCCAACAAAGCACUUGCUUUGAAAAACAGGCUUCUAGAAUGAACAAGUCAGCAACACUGCCAGCGACAAAAAAAUCUACAAUAUAAAUACAUAACCCUGUCAUCUACUAUUUCUGUAUUUAACAUCCUGUAUCACUGAGUUUCAUUAUUUUAUCAUUUUUGUCAGGAACUUUACAUAGUGAAUGGUGAGUUCACUUAUCCUUAUCUGACCUUUUUUUUUCUUUAUGAAUGUAACAAAUGCACUACAGAUGAGUGAGACUAUAUUUUUUUGUUGCAGGUUCUACUGGUUAAUUUAAACCUUUUCUCUGGCAACAUUUUAUGCAAGAUUUGCAUAUGUAGUUUUUUCUUUAGUGACAUUUAUAUGCAGGGUAGAAUUUUUAUGUCUUUUUUUAUUGUAUUUUUGUUCAUGCUGAUGACAACCUGCUUUAAAGAGACUGUUUUCAGUACAGUUUUGCAAAAGUACUUUGUAAUGUUAUGCAGUUGGUCUUCAAAAUGUACCAUUCAACAUUUUGCACUUUUUGUAUUUGUAAUUUAUAGUAAUUAGGGCUGGGUAUUAUGGCUAGUUUCCUGAAGCAUCUCAGUUCUAAAUCACAAAGUUUUAAUUUCCAAUUAGCUUUCCAUGUAAGUCAGUCACUUUGUAUACCAAAUUUGUUUGGCUAUGAAAGAGGUUCCCACAAACAAUGAUUAAAUGGAAAAUUGACACCAAAGAAUUAGCAUUUUUUUAAAUAUCACUUGUAUGUAAGUAUUAACAAUAUAGACUUUCCUCCAAAUUAGAAU